AAUUAAGGAGGGAGAAACUGAUAUUGCCACACUCUGCAACUCAUCAUCGUCACCAUUGUUGUUCAUUUUCAGAGAAAAGCUGCGGAAAUGAGCGGUCUCAGAGUACCAGAAGCUGUUCCUUCUCCAGAAGAAGACUGUGAGAGACUCAAUAAAGCCUUUGAAGGAUUUGGAACUGACGAGGAGGCUGUGAUAUGGAUACUCGGACAUAGGAAUGCAAGCCAAAGGAGAAAAAUCAGAGACACUUAUCAACAGCUUUACAAUAAGUCCCUCAUUGAUGCUCUCCAAUCUGAACUCUCCGGAGAUUUCAGAGAUGCAGUAAUUUUGUGGACAUAUGAUCCUCCUGAAAGGGAUGCUAAAGUGGCAAGAGAUGCACUAAUGAAGAAGAAGAAAGGAAUAAAACACCUGAAAGUGCUAGUUGAGAUAGCAUGUGCAUCAUCUCCUCAACACUUGAUGGCAGUGAGGCAGGUCUAUGGUUCACUCUUUGAAUGCUCACUUGAGGAGGACAUUGCAUCCACUCUUUCCCUCCCCCUCAGAAAGCUUCUAUUGGGUUUAGUGAGCUCCUACAGGUAUGACAGACAGGUAGUGGAUUCAAGCAUUGCCAGUUCAGAGGCAUCGAAGCUAUAUGAAGCCAUCAAGGCAAAGCAAUUAGAUCACAAUCAUGUUGUUUCUAUACUCAGCACAAGGAAUAUGUUUCAGCUCAGAGAAACCUUUGAGUGUUACAAGCAAAACUAUGGAACUUCCAUUGACGAGAACAUUAAAAGUUGUGGCAGUGGUGAUCUGGAAUCUCUCUUGACCUUGGUAAUUACUUGCAUAGAUACACCCGAGAAACAUUUUGCACAGGUCAUCAAAGAUUCUGUGGUUGGGCUUGGGACCGAUGAAGAUUCUCUGAAUAGAGCCAUUGUAAGCAGAGCAGAGAUUGACAUGAUCAAAAUCAGAGAGGAGUAUUCCAAACUGUCCAAAACCAGCCUCGAAGGUGAUGUUAUAGAUGACACAUCAGGAGAGUACAAAAACUUCCUGCUGACCCUGCUUGGACAAAGAUUCUGAUUCAUUGUUCCCAUUAGCACCCAUUUCAUUCAACUAAGACCUCUGAUUUAAUUUUAGCAUAAAGAAAACAUUGGAGUACCUAAACUAGAAUUUACCCUGCUUUAUACUUCGGAGUACCUCUGAUAUGUACGUAAUUUCAAAUUGCUUUUAUACUU